AUGCCUCAGGGAGUGAUGAACUUGAAGGAUACUGACAGGCAUGAAUCAAAAGUUAUCAAAAAGAUUGUUAGUAAAAUUCAAGAUAGAUUGUAUCCCUUGAAGUCAGAUGUUGAUGAAGAGCUUGUUGGAAUGCGAGAGCGCAUGCAAGAUUUGGUAUCACAAUUAGAAAUUGGGAUGGGUGGUGUGCGGAUGGUUGGGAUAUGGGGAAUUGGCGGCAGUGGUAAGACUACUCUCGCAUCUUCUGUUUAUACAGAAUUCUCUCACCGUUUUGAAGGUCAUUGCUUUAUUUCCCAUAUUCGUGAGAAAAGUAAACAUGGUCUAGAAACCCUGCAACAAAAAUUUCUAUCGACCCUUUUGAAAAGAAAAGUAGAAGUGGAGAAUGUUCAACAAGGAAAACACAUAAUAAAGAGUAGGUUAUGUAACACUAAAGUGUUGGUAAUUCUCGAUGAUGUCGAUUAUCUAGGCCAAUUACAGGCAUUAGUUGGAUCGCCUAAAUGGUUUGGAAGUGGGAGCCGAAUAAUAGUCACAACUAGAGAUAAACAUUUGCUAAGAACUCACAGGGUAGAUCACGUCUCCUCCGUUAAAUUAUUAUCUGAUGAAGAGGCUAUCUUGCUAUUUUAUAAGCAUGCUUAUAAUGAAACAGAGCCUCUAAAAGAUUAUGAGAAACUUUCAUCCCGUGUGGUUUCUUAUGCAGCCGGGCUGCCAUUAGCACUUAAUGUAUUAGGUUCUUUUCUAUAUGACAAAGACAAUGAGGAGUGGGUAAGUACCUUGGCCAAGUUAGAAGAUAUCCCGAAUAUCCAGGUCAUGGAUAUACUAAGAAUUAGUUAUGAUGCACUUGACACUCUCCAGAAAGAGUUAUUCUUGCAUAUUGCUUGUUUCUUCAGGUGGGAAAGCAUAGAUGAUGCAAUGGAGAUACUUGAUGCUUGUGGCUUUCACCCUAAAAUAGAAAUAGAAGUGCUAAGACAAAAAGCGCUCAUAACUACUACUGAUGAUAAGUUUGAUAUGCACGAUUUGGUUCAAGAAUUGGGACUAUACAUUGUUAGAGGAGAACAUCCCAAGAAUCCUGAAAAGCAUAGCAGAGUGUGGAAUAAUGAAGAAAUCAGUAACAUGUGUUAUGGGAAUUCAACAACGGAAAAUGACAAGAUUGAAGCAAUGCGAUAUAAUGUAGCGAUACGAUAUCAUAGUCAUUCCUCACGGUUACUUAAAUUAAUUUCAAACUUGAAGAAACUAAGGUGGCUUAGUGUGGUUUUGUACCUUGACGAUUACAGGGACAAGCACACUGAAGGGCCUUCUUUUCUCUCAAAUGAGUUGAGGUAUUUGUAUUGGGAAAGGUAUCCGGCAAGUCCAUUCCCAUUUAGCUUCCAACCAAUGAAGCUUGUUGUUUUAAAAUUGCAUUACAGCUUGCAAAAGGAACUUUGGAAAGGUUGCAAGUGUGUACCACAUCUGAAAGUGCUUCAACUCUGUAUGAUGAUCAACCUACUCAGCACACCAGAUUUUGAUGGCCUACCGUAUCUUGAAACGUUAGUACUCCGAUUUUGUGACAAGUUAAAGGAGAUUCACCCAUCACUUGGACAUCAUACUAGUCUUGAAUAUGUUAGUGUAAGAUCUUGUAAGAAGCUUAGAAUGUUCCCAAUGAUUGUCCAGAUGAAAAAUCUCAAGACCCUUGAAAUAGAGAAUUGCUAUUCGAUUCUUGAGUUGCCAACGAUCCAAUCAAACAUGGAAAGCUUGGUAAGGUUUUCUAUGAAUAGGAUUGAGAAAAGAGUUCUGCCCUCAUCAGUUGGAGAACUACGGUAUACACAACUUCAGAUGAAUCUGAGUAGCUUGCGAAAGUUGGAUCUCAGUGGCUGGGGUUUGAAAGAUGGAGAAAUUCCAUAUGAUAUUGCUCCCAUCAAGCAUAUCUGUUCUCAAAGUAGACUAUUGUGA